AUGUCAAAGUCAGAAGAAACUUGUGAAUACCUCGAUGAAGCCUAUCCAGGCACUCCAGCGGUGUCAGCAUCCAUGUUCGCAGCUGGAGUGUUGGGCAACAUCUUUGCUUUAUUCUUGUUGGAGAUACGACGCCGGAGGAAAAACCGCUCUCUUUUCCACGUGUUGGUUACCACUUUGGUGAUCACGGAUUUACUUGGGACUCUUGCGGUGAGUCCACUGGUUCUAGCUGCGUAUAUCAAGAGACAGACGUUGGAAGAGAUCGGUGGCAGAGCUCUAUGCAAUCACUUUGGCUUCAGUAUGACAUUUUUUAGCCUGGCCACAAUGUCCAUUCUGCUUGCCAUGGCCGUGGAGCGCUGGCUCUCCAUUGGGCACGCGUACAUUUACGAGAAGUACACGAGAAAGCGUUGCGGAUACUUUGCAGGGCCUGUCAUCUACUUAUUUUGUUUCGCGUUCUGUACCCUACCUUUCGCUGGUGUCGGGAAAUAUGUGAUGUACUGUCCCGGUACGUGGUGUUUCUUUGACAUGCAUCCGUCUGAUCGCCGUGGCCAAAUUUACGCGGGAGUUUACGCGUCAGUGAUGCUGGUGAUGAUUGUGUGCACGGUGCUGUGCAACGGCUCUGUGAGCCACCAUUUACUUAGCAUGUAUCGGAGGAGAAAAAACAACCACGGUUCGUUUCGAGGACCCCGUGGUCAAAAGAGAUACAAGUCAAUUACCAAGGAGGUAGAACAUCUUACUCUGCUCAUUGUAAUGACCGUCUGUUUUGUGGUGUUUUCUCUUCCACUUGUGGUCCAGGUGUACACAAACUUCACCCGCGUUGAGAAGUGUGAUCGACAGGACCUGCGCAUGCUGCGCCUGCUCUCCUUCAACUCCAUCGUGGACCCCUGGGUCUUCAUCAUCCUCAGCCCCUCCGUCCUGCGCUUCCUCUGGGCCAAGCUGCUCCGGCAGCCCACGCCCACCAGCAUGGAGAGGGUCUUCCAGAACGCCAGGCCACCGGCUGGCAUCCGCCCCCCACCACUGGCGGACGCCCACAAACACGCAGUGUCGCCUCAAACACCGAUUGCCCUCUGUCCCUGACUGACUUAACACUCACUACAUGUGACAGAUGACCCUGUGUUGCCAUGUGUGCACUGAGUGGGCAUGGGGAGAGCCAAUCAGGUUGCAGGAUCCACUUCUCCUGGACUGUCUCAGAGGUCAGGGCCAGGGGGUGUGGGCAGCGGAUGCCUAAUGGAUAGAGAAUUGGUCAUGGGAAGGUUGCAGGUUCAAAUCUCGUACCAAUAGGAAGAAUGUGGAUAGUAUCUCCUAUACACCAAAUGACAUUUUCAUUCAGCAACAAUGAUUUAUGUUCAGCAUAUUCAGCACCCCAGUCUCUUUGAAGUCUCCUAUACACCAUAGUAGUUGAUGGCUGAAAUUCUCACAUUGUUCCAAGGACAAAUACCAUGUUCCUGAUAUAACUUUAAGUUGGACUGGAUUAAAGUGUCGUGUGGUCACAUGGGCCUCGCUCCGUGAUGAGGUCAAAGGUCACUCGAAAGUGGAGACGAGGGACAGACGCACUGCAGGAUCCUCUGUGAAUGUGACUCCAAGCACUGGACCUACACCUACGCUGCAUUGACACAUUAAGCAUGUUACGGUAUCAAUAUGAGGCGUGAAUCACAAGCUUGUUCCAGUGUAAAACUAAGUGUAAACAAGUUUACACUGUGCCAUUGGUUGCCCUCAAAUAGUCAACCAUAGCAGGUAGCAGGCUUUAUUCAGGGUUUCUUGAUUAAUUGUAAGGGUUCUGGCCCA